AUGGCGAGGAGCGUAAGUGCUCGAAUGGCGGUGCUCAACACCCUCGAGUUCGCCCGUGCCCCCGUGGCGAUGGUACCAAUGGAAGCAAGAGUGUUCUCUGGCACCAGUCGCACCUCCUCACCGCUCAGCAUCGCAAUCGUGUCGAGCCCGUGUAGCAGCACCGACUCCUCGUCGGCGCACUGUAUCAAGCUGGCGAGGCUCCCAUCCUGA